AUGGGAAUUCCUACGCUUUGGGAGGUGCUUCGGACCAGUUUUGACGAAAGAGUGUCGAUCGACGAAUUCUCAGCCGAGUACCUUCGCCAGCACCGCAGGCCAGUCCGGCUAGCCAUCGAUGCUUACAUGUUCAUCUUCAAGUCCACCGUCAAUUUGGCGGCCAACCCUCUAGACGACGAGUCCACCCACCCGUGGAUAGUGCUGAACUUUCUCUCCAAGGUGAUGUACCUCGUCUCCUUGAACAUUUCGUUCGUGGUGGUGUUUGACGGCUGCUGGAAGCCCAGCAAGUUGCGCCACAGCACCACCAGCGACGCUAUAGAGGUCAAUGACUAUGAUGCAGACCUUGCGGUGUUCUUGAGAUUGCGUCCCCACCAGUACGACGAAGCAUCGCCACUCAUAGAAGCGAUAAAGUCCAGACUAGACGAGCUCGACAUUGACUACACCCAAGCCCCAGGCGAAGCAGAAGCCCAGUGUGCCUACUUGCAAAAAUUCGGAAUCGUCGAUUAUGUGCUCUCCGAUGACGUAGAUACUCUUGUGUUUGGAGCCUCGGGUGUGCUUCGCAAUUUCAGCAGAUACAAGGAAGAUGUGGGGACGUCUCCCAAAAAGAGUGAUCCUGGGGCAUCAGUGACCUCGAGAUUCUAUGUGACUCCAGUACGGAUGGAGAGGGUGGAGCAAGAAACUGGUCUUACCACGCCUCGGUUGGUCUUUUUGGCGUCUUUGGGUGGAGGAGACUACUCGAAGGGUGUUGAACGAAUAGGAGUUACCAAUGCAACCAAACUAGCGCUCUGUGGGACGAGCCAUGCUGCAUUUUAUCACAGGAAAUUGUUGAAAAAGGAGCUUAAGAAAUCUCCAAACCAAAAUAGAGCCCCUCUUCCUGAUUUCUCGGAGCAACUAAUCAGAUGCUUUACUAAUGUGCCAGCACAUAAGUCGAUUUCUGGCUGGGACCUGAUCUUGCCUUCCAGCACCAGGAAAAUCGAAUUGGCCAAGUUUUUGGACACUUUGAAUUCCUCGAUCAAAUCUAAUUCGAGAGAGAUUUUUGGUCGCUUGGUAACAUUGUCUCAGGGUUUGGUGGUUGAUGAAUACUUUCCCUUGUUGUAUCUAUUCCCAUUUGUGGAUAGUCUGCCGUACAAGUUUAGAAUCUGUUUUAGCUUCGGCGAAAUGGUUCCCGUUGAAAAUGAUUUAAAUGUCGAUAAACUUGUGAGAUCCAACGACAAAGCACUGUUAAACUUCCCCAGAGUAUAUGGCAACGCCAAAGUUUUGGGAGCUCUGGAGGUGACGUACGAUGGCCAAAUACCCACCCAGAAGUUCGUGGCAGCCGGAGAUUAUGCUACUGAUUCAUCGUCACUUUACAUUCCGCCAAAAUUCAAUCACCGAGUCAAAAGCAUUAUCGCCAAGUUGCUCUCUCACAGAGAUACGAAGUCCCCAUUGAAAACGAUGGUGCUGCUUACUCGAUCGAAAUUGAUCAAUGAUAUAGAGCAUGUGAUGGUAAAAUAUGAUGUGGAACAAAUAGAACAGAUAUACCCAGAAAUCUAUGAGGCUCGAAACAAGCACAGAAAUAACGAAGCGACAACCGACACAACCGACGAUCCCGACCCACUCACCUCAAGUCCUUCAAAGUAUAGACAAAACUAUAUAUGGCUACCCAGGGAAUUAGUCAGUAUGCUUAAUCCGUCAAUGUUGCAUGAAUUUGAGGAAAUGGUUGCAUCUUCGCCUUCAAAACGGCCUAAAAAGGUGCUUCAGAAAACUACUUUGGAUAGUAUGGGUUCAUUCUCUCUAUCUCCAGUCAAAAGGGACCUGGUAUCACCAAGCAAAAGAAGUGUCACUUCUUCUCCAACACGCCGGAUCUCCCCAAGAAAGAGAUUGGGAAAUCCACUUCCUGGGCAGAAGAACAUCACUCUGUUCUUUAGCAAAGAAUCUGUUCCCAAGCCAUUGUUCGAACCGGAUUCUGGUACCACCAAGACUGCAUCAAGGGUGGAUCAGGAAAAUCCAUUUGUGGAGAAAGAUUCCCCCCUUGCACGAGAAGAUAAGGACGCUCAAUUGUCCAGUUUCAGUGCUAGGAAAAGGCGUCAAGACUCCCUCUUCGUGGCCAGCGAUGAAGACGACGAGCCCAACAAUUUCAGUGCAAUGAAGACGUCAUUUGCAACGAUUCCGAACCUCGAAAAAGGAUCAAACCAAAAACGAAGCAUUUGCACCGAAACCUCGUCCCCCAAGAAAGCACGAAGUAGUACCAGCAUGCUGGUUGCAGGAGCACCCACAAAUAAAGCUAGAAGCAGUACUAUCCAUGUGGAUAAGCCAUCAUCGGUUCCAGCACACGUGAAUCCAGAGUACAUAUACGUCGAGAGCGACCAGUCCAUGGAUGGGUCCAUUAUGGAGGUGGGGCCCGUUGAGCGGGCCACGGACGAGCCCAUUCUCGUCGACUCUGACGAGGAGUAG